UCGUCUGUGUCUCUCUCUCAGGCGGUGGGCUACAGCUGUGUUCCUGAUGUGAAGGAUGAGGAUGGUUUAGUGGCUCUUGCUCUCAAUAAAAUGGGAGAUGAAGCUGAUGUUCGCUCUCAGCAGCAGCAGCUGGUCGAAACGAUGCACAAAGUUCUGGGAGGAAAUCCGACUCUUUCCGUGGAGGGAGUGCGAGCGCUGCCCGAUGACCAGACGGAGAUGAUCAUUUAUCUGGUGGAGCGCUCUCCUAACGGCACGUCGAAGCGAGUCCCGGCAUCCACGCUCUACAGCUACAUGGAGCAGCUGAACGUGAAGUCUGCGCUGCAGCAGCUGGGGGUCAUCAUGGCGGUCAGUCGCACCGCACUGACCCCGGCACAGCUCAAGCAGCUGCUGCAGAACCCCCCUGCAGGUGUGGAUCCCAUCAUCUGGGAACAGGCCAAAGUGGACAAUCCAGACCCAGAGAAGUUGAUUCCGGUGCCCAUGGUGGGCUUCAAAGAGCUGCUGCGCAGACUGAAGAUCCAGGAUCAGAUGACCAAACAGCACCAGACCAGAGUGGACAUCAUCUCUAACGACAUCAGCGAGCUGCAGAGGAAUCAGGCCACGACCGCCGCCAAGAUCACGCAGUACAAGCGCAAGCUGAUGGACCUCUCACACAGAGUGCUGCAGGUGUUGAUUAAACAGGAAGUUCAGAGGAAGAGUGGUUACGCCAUUCAGCUGGACGAGGAACACCUGAGAGUUCAGCUGGAAACCAUCCAAUCAGAGCUCAACGCACCGACACAGUUCAAGGGGCGACUGAAUGAACUCAUGUCUCAGAUUCGGAUGCAGAAUCAUUUUGGAGCUGUUCAUUCAGAAGAGCGUUACCGUGUUGAUGCUGACCUGCUGAGAGAAAUCAAACAGCACCUGAAGCACCAGCAGCAGGGUUUGUGUCACCUGAUCAGCGUCAUUAAAGACGAUCUGGACGACAUCAAGACGAUAGAAGACGGGCUUCACGACAGCGUUCACGGACGCAGCAGCAAACUCAGCUGACAGAGCUCACUGCUCCUUCUGAACAGAUCCCUUUCUAACAUCUGAACGUGAGAAAUAAACAGGACAGAAACAGUGGAAGUGACACCGAUCGCUUUGUGUUGGAGUGGCACAUUUAUUUUUACUUGCGUGUGUGAAUGUGUGCCUUUGAUCAGUUGGUAUGUUUUACUGUGAUUUAUUAAUAAAGUUUCACUGUAUGAAUUUCA